UGAAACACACGAGGCCACGACACGAACCACACGAUCUACCACCACCAGCCCGCACGACCGCCAAGCGCCACCUCCACGACCCCUUCUUCUUCCUCCUCCUCCUCCUCCCCACUCGUCGCCGUCGUCGUCGCCGUCGCCUCCCCAUCUCAUAUAUUAACCACCCCGUCAUAGCACAUCUUCGUUCACACUCACUCGCUGACAACCUAACCGCACCCACCCCACCCCAACCAUGGCGCCUCUCCUCAUCCUCUUCCUCCUCGGCGGCCUCUGCGCCCUCUUCUCCCUCGCCUCCUCCUCCUCGCCGUCGGCCGGCAAGAAGUGCGGCGGCGGCGGUGAGGCCAAGAAGCGAAGAGAGGAGGAGGAGGAGGAGGUGGCCAAGAAGCAGAGGAAGGCGCCGCGGCCUGACCCUGAGAAGGACCUCGGGAUCGUGUUCUCCACGUUCGACCACGACGGCGACGGGUUCAUCACGGCGGUGGAGCUCGAGGAGUCCCUGAAGCGGCUCGGCAUCGCCGUGUCCGCCGCCGAGGCCGCCGCCAUGGUGGCCCGCGUCGACGCCAACAGCGACGGCCUCAUUGACAUCCACGAGUUCCGCGAGCUCUACGACUCCAUCCCCAAGCGGCGGAGGCACCAGCACCAGCUCCCCUCUGCCGCCGGAGACGGCGGCGUUGCCGGGGCCGAGGAGGCCGCCGACGAGGGGGAGGACGCGGAGGAGGAGGAGAGGGACCUGAGGGAGGCGUUCGACGUGUUCGACGGCAACAAGGACGGGCUCAUCUCCGCCGAGGAGCUCGGCACCGUGUUCGGCUCGCUCGGCCUGCGGCAGCACGGCGGCCGCCCCGCCGUCGCCGAGUGCCGCGACAUGAUACGCCUCGUCGACAGCGACGGCGACGGCAUGGUCAGCUUCGAGGAGUUCAAGCGCAUGAUGAGCGUCGUCAAGGCCUAGCACAAAGGCAUAUGCAUAUCAAAUCAAAAAAUCAAAAUUUGGAGCGGAUUCGCAAAAAGGCAACUAAACCUCAAUUUGUUCUUGGA